CGACAGAAGAAAAUAUAUGUUUUAACAUUAACCCUUCUAAGAAAGUUCCGCAGCUGGGUAUAACGCAUAACCUCACAUACUUGUAAUCAUAAUGAAACAUAAACAAAGAACUAAAAGUGCAAUUAAUUAUUAUUCCUAGCUCUAUGGCAAGUCAAAUAAAAUGGAAAUAAGUUCACAAAGUGCUAUAUCACAUUCCUUACUUACAUCCGAAACAAUUGAGGUAUUAACCAAAUUAGGUAUAAGCUCAGUGAGAAAAUUCUUAGAAGCUACUACAGAAGACAUAAUUCGAGCGUGUCAGCUUUCAAAAGAAUCGAUCGCUCUGAUAAAAAAAGAUUUGGGAAGUUUCUUGCUAAUCCAGAAAAGACAUCUCCUACAAAUUAAAAGUGUACCAAGUUUGGAUGACUUCCUCGGAGGUGGACUGAUAGUAGGACAUGUUUAUGAAAUAUGUGGUCCUCUCAGCGUGGGAAAGACAAUUUUUUGUCAGAUUAUUGCUCUGAAAUUGGCCCAGAAGGGUAUUGGAUGCUUUUACGUGGAUGUUAAUGGAGAUCUGUUACUUCGUAGUAUGGUGGACAUCCUGAUGGAUAUGAGAAGAAUUCAGGCAGAAUUUAAAACCAUCCUAAAAGUUAUACGUGUUCAUAGAGUUUCAAACUUUAGCACUCUGAAAGUACUUCUGCAAUUUAUUUUGGAUAAUAGAACUUCACUAAAAGCAUAUGGAUUACUUAUUGUCGAUUCCAUAGCCCCUUUUCACGUGAUGAACAUCGAUAUUGAUCGAAAAGAUCAUUUGGCAAAAUCCAAAAUUGCACGAGAUUGCUAUAAACUCAUGUACGAGGUGGCUAAGGAUUGCAAUAUUACGGUAAUACUCACAAAUCUAAUAUUGAAUUGUGAAGACGACUCAAAGAUACCCUCAGGAUGUUUCAAUAUUGGUCUCAAGUUAAAUGAAACAAUUCCUGAUCUACCCUUCACUCGUCUAAGGAUGCAAUUUCACGAAAAGGAUCCUGCCAAAAGAGAGGUUUCUGUUAUUGCAUCUGAUAAUCUAGAAAAAAAUACAAAAAUUAUUAUAGAUUUAACCCAAUACUAAAUACAAUACGAUAAAAUAGAAAAAAAUGUAUACUGUUCAUAAAUUUAAUAAAUGUUUAUUUUGCAAUA